AUGAGCAGCGCUAUAACAGCAAAAGACAGCAACACGGGCAUUGCCAGACCCUCCAUGGCAGCCUUUCGCUCUACGACGGUACAAACGGAACGAGACGAACAAAUCAAUGCGGAAGAAUGGAAACAAUUGAUGGCCGAAUUUUGUGUCUUUGUGUGUUCGUUUAUUGCCAUUGUUCUAAAUGCCAUUGCGGUCGCCUCAUGUCGGAUGUUGGUAUUGGAAGGAGGGCAAUUCAUUCAGGGUGGUUUUGGAUUGUUCUUGUUGCAACCGCCGGAUACCCCCACCUGUCGGGGAACCUUGAGCGCUGUCACUUCGGAACGAUUUCCAGACUUUGUUUGGGACCCUAGGUCGGAUGAGGUCCUGAAAUUUGCCCAAGCCGGUGGAUUGUUGGCGUUAAUCUUGGGCGUCAUUUUGGUGAUCAACAUUACGAUACGACAAUUUUGCAAGGAAGUACGAUUUUACAAAUUGAUCUUGUACCUUUGUGCCACGGGCAUUCAAGUCACCUUGGGAUGGGUCCAUUUGAUUUGGUGGUCCAAAGGAUGCGAUUUCUUCUAUUGUUCCUAUGGGGGUGGGAUCACCUUUUUAAUUUUGUCACAUAUCUUUUGGUUCGUGGCCUGCCUCUUUACCAGAUAUAUGAGACCCAGCAAGGUGGAACGCAAAAAUGUGGCCCUGUCGCAUUAUACCAGUCAAUUGAGGCUCCAACUAAAAGAACGACAAAAGAGAUAUGAAAUGGAAUAUCUACCAGUGGGCGUGUCAUUGCUCAUUAUGAGUCUGCUGAUAUUUCUAGCAUUGCGGAAUAUCAAUGAGGAUGAGGAUGCGUGA